AUGCUUGCGGAUAAUGCACCAAGUGGUAACGUAUUUGCUCGUUACGGGGCAAGAGUUCUAUAUGGUAUAACAGGAAUAAUGUGUUGCAUUCUCGGCAUCGUCGGUGCAAUUGGAUUUUCAGUUAUUUGCGUUUUCGCUGGAAUAUUCCUCUUCUUCAUUGGACUAUUUAUUUUAAUUACCGAAAUGCCAUUUUGCUGUGCAUUUAUACCUCAAACCGAGUAUAUCACUCGUGUGGUUACGAAAAUUGGACCACUUCCAAUCGCUAUCGUUUUAGCUCUUCUCGGCAUAAUUGCUAUGGCGAUGUGUCCCAGUUUCUCAAUGGGCUUCGCUUUGUGUUUUCUCCUUGCGUCUGCUUUUCUCCGUAUUCGAGAAUUUAUUUUAUUGAGACGAGCGCGCACUCAGGGGACUUCAGGUCUCAAUCCAGAGUCCGGUUUCACAACUCAAGCAAGCGGCUACCCUGGUGCAGGAAAUACCUAUCCCCCUGUGACACCUGCUUACGGCGCAGGUGACCAGUUCGCGGAUCGUGUAGCUGCAGGAGCUGCGCGUGGCGCCGUCCAGGCCGCUUUCAUGAAAUAA